UUGCUGAGGGCGCUGCUGUCGUUGGUGCUCUGCACUGCUCCCGCCCGACGCGCGCUGCUCCGCGGGCCCAUGGCCAGGAGAGACUCAGGAACGGCGGCCCGCCACGGUCACGAGCCGCUCUUUGGGGCCUGUACUGCACACCUCACAGAUUUCCGUACGGGGGUGGGGGGGGAUUAAAAAAAGAAACCUUUCCUCUGGACUUCCUCUUCCGCGCACGCAUGUGCGUCACUUCCGGGGAGAGCGCGCGGCGCCAAUGAGCUCUGAGGCAGGGGUAGCUUGCGCUAAAAUACGACGGCGAUUGACCUUUUUUUUGGUUCUGCCGGGAAGACAGCCUGCUACCCCUGUGACACGUGUGUUAGCGGGGCGCCGCUUGUCAUUUUUCUGUACCAGCUUUUCAGUCUGAGGAGAAAACAUGUCUAGAGCCUCAUAGUUGAGAAAUCGCCAGGAGGUGAAGCUGAGCCCAGACCUACCUAGUCAGCUCAUCUCAUCAAAAUAUGUGGAAGUAAAAUAAUCUGAAGAAAAUUCAGGACCACAGAAUUUACUGAUUGACAUACACUGUAUUCUGCACACCAAGAGUAAGAGUGGAGAGGAACCAUUUUUCCCUACUGAAAUCAUGGUGGAGGUGGAGGAACAGCAACAGUCAUGGAAGAGAGACUUUUACUUGGAACUACCAAAAGUGGAACUUCAUGCCCACUUGAAUGGAUCCAUUAGUUCUAAUACCAUGAAGAAGUUAAUAGCCAAGAAGCCAGACUUUAAAAUCCACGAUGAGAUGACUAUGAUUGAUAAAGGAAAGAAAAGAACUCUUGAAGAAUGUUUCCAGAUGUUUCAGAUAAUUCAUCAGCUUACUACUAGUCCUGAAGAUAUUCUAAUGAUCACAAAAGAUGUCAUUAAAGAAUUUGCAGAUGAUGGUGUCAAAUACCUGGAACUAAGGAGCACUCCCAGAAGAGAAAAUGCUACUGGAAUGACUAAAAAAAGUUAUGUGGAAUCUAUACUUGAGGGUAUAAAACAGUCCAAACAAGAAAACUUAGACAUCGAUGUUAGGUAUUUGAUAGCAAUCGACAGAAGAGGAGGCCCUUCAGUUGCCAAGGAGACUGUGAAACUUGCGGAGGAGUUCUUCCUUUCUACUGAGGAUGUAGUUCUUGGCCUUGACCUUAGUGGAGACCCUACUAUAGGACGAGCAGAAGACUUCUUGGAACCUCUUUUAGAAGCUAAAAAUGCAGGUCUGAAGUUGGCGUUGCAUCUUUCAGAGAUCCCAAAUCAAGGAAAAGAAACCCAAAUGCUCCUGGAUCUACUUCCUGACAGAAUUGGGCAUGGAACUUUCCUCAACUCUUCUGAGGGAGGAUCCCUGGAUCUGGUGGACUUCGUGAGGCAACAUCGGAUACCUCUGGAACUGUGUUUGACCUCAAACAUCAAAAGUCAGACAGUUCCAUCUUAUGACCAGCAUCAUUUUGGAUUCUGGUACAGCAUUGCACAUCCUUCUGUGAUCUGUACCGAUGAUAAAGGGGUUUUUGCAACAUACCUUUCUCAAGAGUACCGGCUGGCAGCUGAAACAUUUAAUUUGACCCAGUCUCGGGUGUGGGAUUUAUCAUACGAAUCCAUCAACUACAUCUUUGCUUCUGAUAGCACCAGAUCUGAACUGAGGAAGAAGUGGAAUCAUCUGAAGCCCAGAGUGACAAUUUUAAGCUAUAAUGAAGUCAACUACCUUUAGGUUAGUGAUGCAACCAAUCUUCUUGUUGUAUCCCAGAAGCUGUCCACCACUGCCUUUGGGAAGCACAGCAGCCAAGUACCAUGGGCUCCAUUACUGAACCAUGCCCAUGACUGGUGCUCAGUUAAUAUGUCUUGAACUGACUAAGGCCUUGAGAUGUAGCUUACUUCCCUGCUGCUUACUUGGAAAGACUUUAAGUGCUGUUGCUACCUAAGCUCCCUCUUCCACUAGUGAUUUCUUUGAUUUAGCAGUCCCUCCCCAGUAGCCACCAUAAAACCAGAGGAUUCAAAGUAAUUUCUUAUCAAGAAAAGUUUUGGAAUGAUAGCCUAAGGUAAAUGAGAAAGGGGAAAACAAAUUACCACCAAGACCCUUAAUAAGCCUCCUAGAUUGUGACAAUAUAGCCCUGUAUUUUGUUGUGCUUACUUUAAUCAGACUCCUUUCACUCGAACUCUAUCACUGUAGUUUUUUUCUUUUUCUUUUUUUCACUGGAGCUGACAAGAUUUCUACUACACUACUCAUUUUCUUCAUUUGCAAAGAUCUCUCUAGUAGUGGCAAAACUGGAGUUAGUGGGGAUCUGUGCAUGACCAGUAACCACAGUACUGGUCACACUACCAGACUACUGGAGCAGGCCUACAUAAACUCAUACUUGUAACAUGUCUACUUCAGAUGAAGACAAGGGACAAACCAAGAUCAGUUCUGAAUGGUAAGAAAAAGAAUUUAUUAUAUAACAAAGUAUACUUGAAUUGCUUUGCUCCUUAGAAUAUAUAUCCUUGAUAUCAGAAAGUUGGGCUAAUACUAAUUUCAAUUGCUAAGGGUUUCGGAAAAGCAUUUGUUCUCUUUGGGAACAGGGUGAAGGAAGCUCUGAGGUUUCUGAAGUACUUAGAUGUAUGUUUGUAACCUUGUAUAACAUUAUAUUAUUCUCUACUCCCAUGAACUCAUAUAGAAAUCACAAAGUAAAAAAGUAAUGGUUUAUCCAUAAAACAUGGAUAUUUUGCAGCCACUUAAAGUGUUUAUGUAUAUAUAGAAAUUUAGUGAUAUGAGUGAUUCUAGUUUAUUAGCUUUAUCAUGAAAUUCUUUUCACAAUAUGAAAGUCAUACUAGUUUUAAUUGGGAGUGGGAAGGUGAGGAGGGCAUAGGUUUUCCUGUUUGAGGUUCCAGAAUUCAAAAUAUGUGGACUGACUAAUAAAGAACAUUUAUGAAGCUAUGGCUAACAUCAAAAACAUUUGUUUGGAGAUUUUUUUCUUUAUUUGAAAGACAGAGAGAGGGAGAGACAGGGAAAAAGAGAGAUCUUCCAUCUGCUGGUUCACUCCCAAAUGGCCACAACAGCCGGGGCUAGGUUAGGCCAAAGCCAGCAGCCAGGAAUCCCAUCUGGAUUUCCCACGUGGGAAACAGGGACACAAGUCCUUGAGCCAUCAUCUGCUACUUCUCAGGAGCAUUAGCAAGGAGCUGGAUCAGAAGUGGAGUAGCCAGGACUCCAGCUGGCACUCCGACAUGGGAUACAGGCAUCCCAAUGCUAACUAAACUCAUUAAGCCACAAUGCCUGCCUGGUAACAUCAAAUUUAAUGGUGAAAUAUUUAAUGUUUUCACUUAAGAUCAGUAACAAGUAAAGGACAGCUGCUCUAACCACUGCUCUGUGAUACUGAUCUAGAGGUCCUAGCCAAUAUAAUAAGGCAAGCAAAAGAAAUAAAAAGUAGAAGGAUUAGAGAAAGAAAGAAGUAAAAAACCAUUUCUAUUUACAGAUAACAUGAUUAUUUACUUAGAAAAUCCAAAGGAAUCUACAAACAACUAAAUGAAUUCUACAAAAUGAAGUAGCAGUCACAGGAAGAAAUCAAUAUUCAAAAAUCAGUUGAAGAAAAAGGUGAAUGAUUACAGUAGAAAAACACACAGUGGAAACACCUUACUGCACUAGAAAAUAAGGGAGUGCAAAAUGAACACAAGAGCUAAUUUGAAGAGACUCCUAUAGUCCACUCUGAGAUCAUUUUAGCAUUAAAAUAUAGGAUAGUAAGAGAUUUAAAAAAAAAUAUUUAUUUAUUUAUUUGAAAGUUAGAGACAUCCUCCAUCUGACAGUUCACUUUCCAGAUGGCUAGAAUGGCCAGGGAUGGGCCAGGCCAAAACUAGGAGCCAGGAGCUUCAAAUGGGUUUCCCAUGUAGGUAGCAGGGGCCCAAACACUUGGAUCAUCUUCCACUGCUUUUUUCCAGGACAUUACCGGGAAGUUGGAUCAGAAGUGGAGCAACCAGGACAGGAACUGGCAUCCAAAUUAUAUGCUGGCAUUGCAGGUGGUGGCUUCACCUGCAGUGCCACAGUGCUGACCUCAGGAUAGUAAUAGAUUUUUAACUCAUCAAAAUAAAAAAUUUGAGUUCAUAGUAAUAAUAAUAUAUGGAGGAAAAGGGAAAGUUUUUCCUUAAAGUAGCAUGUCAGCUAAUAUACAGUCAGUCCUCUGUAUCCAUGGGCUCUGUAUCUGUGAGUUCUGCAUCCGUGGAUUCAGCUAACUGCAGAUUGAAAAUAUUCAGAAAAACAGUUGUGCCUACACAAGAAUGUGUACAAACUUACUUACCAUCAUUUCCUAAACAGUAGUGUGACAACCAUGUAUAUAGUGAUUACAUUGUAGUGAUCUUGAGAUGAUUUAAAGUAUGUGAAAGGAUGUACAUGGACUUGAGCAUCUUUGGGAGGUCCUAGAAUCAAUUCUGCAUGGAUACUAGAGAGGACUAUAUAGGGAAAGAAUGAUGGAGUUAGAAAAUGUAGUGAAUGGAGGCCAGCAUUUUGAUGUAACGGGUUGAGCUGUCCCUGCCAUGCCAGCAUCCAAUAUGGGUGCCGGUUUGAGUCCUUGCUGCUCCACUUCCAAUCCAGCCCCCUGCAAAUGAGCCUGGGAAAGCAGUGGAAGAUGAUCCCAGUGCUGCGGCCCCUGAACCCACGUGGGAGACCUAGGUGAAGCUUCUGGCUUAGGCCUGGCCCAGCCCCAGCUGUUGCGGCUAUUUGGAUAUGAACAAGCAGAUGGAAGUUCUUUCUUUCCUCUCUUUCUGUAACUUUGCCUUUCAAAUAAAUAAAUCUUUAAAAAAAAAAAUAGUGAAUGCUAAAACUGGUGGAUGAAACAAAGUAUUUAAUGAGAAACAUGGUCUCAAAGUAUUCCUACAUAUUACUAAUAACAAUGGGGAAAAUAGUAACUACAGUGAAGAAACCUAAUAAACACACCAUAGCCAAGGAACAAAGUUAAUACCACCAGUAUUGGGAGAAACUAAAUCAUGUGUUUCCUGAUAUAAUGCACUCAAAAAGACAUAACAUUUCUUUUAUGGUAUUCUUUCCAAAAAUGCACACUGUGAACCUAACCAUGAGGAACCAUCAAUUAAACCUAAACUGAAGGUCAUUCUAAAAAAUAACUGACCUAAUACUCUUCAAAAAGUGUGAAGGUCAAGAAAAAUGAAGGGUGAGAUUUAAAAGAGACUAAAAAGAAAUGUCAGAUGUAAAAUAUGAUUCUGGAGAUGGGCACACAUCCUAUAUUGGAGUGCCAGUUUCAAUAGUGGCUACUCCAUUUGUGAUCCAGCUCCCGCUAAUGUGACUUUUGGGAAACAGCAGAUGAUGGCUCCAGUAUUUGAGUCCCUGCCACCCAUGUGGGAGAGCUGGAUGGAAUUUCUGGCUCCUGGCUUCAGCCAGGCCUAGCCCUGGCUGAUAGCAUUUGAGGAAUGAACCAGCCACACAUGGAAGAUCUCUCCCUGUCUCUAUUCUUCUCUGUCAUUCUGUCUUUCAAAUAAAGAAAUCCUUACAUAAAAACAUGACACUGGAUUGCAUAUUGGUUGAAGAAAAAAACCAUUAUAAGGAACACUCUAGUGGAGUGAUUUUAAAAAUGUGACUGAACAGUAUUAAUUUUAAAUGUCCUGAUGUUGAUAAUUAUUCUGUGGUUAUUUCAGAGAAUGUCCUUGUUCUUAAGAAAUACACAAUAUGAAAUGUUUAGGGGUAAAGAGCCCUGUGUCUCCUAAUUGCUAUCAAGUGACUUUUUUUUUUUUUUUUUUU